AUGUCCGCCCCGCAGGUGCAGAACCCCCCAGUGGAGGACGACGAGGUCCCCACCCUGGAAGCUGCCGAGGUGCCGCAGGUCGCCAAGCAGUCCAAGCGCUACGCGAAGGCCAUGGCCAAGAUGGGCCUGAAGCCAGAGCCCAAUGUGGUCAAGGUGCACAUCCGCAAGCACGGCACACUCUCCUUUGUGGUGAACCAGCCGGAGCUGUACCGCUUCCCUGGCACGACAACCUUCCUCAUCUUUGGCGAGGCGCAGCUCGGUGACGCCACGAUGGAGGCACAGGAGGCCGCCGCCCGCGCGGUGUCCGGCGCCGUCGCCGAGGCGGAAGGAGCGGAGACCGACGCCACCGCUGACC